AUGAUGGAGAGCAAAGAAGGGAGCAGUCAGGAAAAUUACAAGCAUGCACGGAAGGAGCGAAAGGAGCGCCUGGGUCCUGCACAUCGCUAUGUGAUCAACGUGCUGGCCCUCAGGCUGAACCUGCAGGCGUCAGCAGUGGAACAAUUCAUACUGGACUUCCCGCUGACUCCUUUUAACAAGUUCUUUGCGGUAAAUGGAAGUUCUACUCUUGCUUUUGUGUAUCAAGAGGUGAAACAUCCUGGAAUAGAAUGUGGUCGUGCAAUUCCUGGGCCCAGGAAAGCACUGCGGCUUGUCUACGCCAAUUUAUCAGAGAGACGCCUCACUGGCAUUUAUUGUGCCUUUAUGCGGCUACGAGUGGAUGUCGCUGUGACUCCUGAAAACAUACAGAAGGGGACCUUUUUUUCCAUGUUUGAUGCCCGGGAUGGCUUCCCUAAAGCCAUCAAAAACAGCUUCAACAACUUGAUGCCCAGUUUCCAGGCAGUGCUGAAAACUGACAGGUCCAGUCAGAGACCCCAGAUUAACCCAGAUUUUGAACACAUCUUCAAACACACUGUGAUGGGUUUAGAUGUGAUCCAAGGGAGCUAUCAGAAUGUGAAACUAGCAGAAGAAAAGAAUAUUGACUUCAGUCAACUGGGUUCCAUUCAAGAGGUGACUUUAGCAGCAGCCAACGUGGACUUGGUUAAAGAUCUGGAGAACCUCCUGACAAAGUGGUAUAAGCAAAUUGACCAGGUCCUGCUGGACACUCAAGCACUUAAGCAAGGUCUCGUAUCGGAAGGACCGCUGAGUGAGCUGAAUUAUUGGAGGCAGGCUUACUUGAAGUUCAACUCUAUCCUGACUCACAUCAAUAGCCCAAAGUGCAAGGCAGUCAUAAGCGUGCUCAAAAUCAGCCGUUCCAAAGCUCUGCAGAUGUGGCCAGUCCUGGAGGCUAGGGUGACAGACAACUACAACGAGGCCAAAGACAAUGUCAAAUUUCUAGACAUGCUAGAUAAAGUUUGCCAGCCUCUUUACACUAGUGAUCCGACUACCAUCGUGAAAAGUGUGCAGAACAUAAUCAAUGCGGUACAGAUGAUCCACACAGUGUCACGGUACUACCAUACCACUCAAAAGAUAUCAUCCCUCUUCAUUAAAGUCACAAAUCAGAUGAUCAUAGCGUGCCGACGCUACAUUUCAAACAACGGCACGUCGAUAUGGGAUCAAGAUGGUAAAACUGUUAUGAUGAAAAUACAGGAGUGCCUUGGUUUAUAUCAGGAGUAUGAGUCUUGCUUGGCGAAAACACAGGAAAAAACGAAGGAGAUGCCCGGACAGAGGCCCUUUAAGUUCUCGGAGAUGCACGUCUUGAGGAAGUUUGAGGUCUUCUGCAAGCGCCUCGAAUAUAUUACCAAAAUAAUGUCAGUGUUCAAGACAUUCGAGUGCUUGGGAAAGUCCAACAUAGAGGGUAUGGAGGCUCUGGCUGGCCAGUUCCGCAAAGCCUCCACUGAACUGAAGAACAAGCAGGCGGACGUGUUUGCGUCCAGAACGGUGGCCUUUGAAAAUGACUAUGAAGCAUUCAUGGCUUACAUAAUCACCCUGGAGGAGCAGCUAAAGGGAUUCAUGAACUCAAGCUUUGCCAAAUUUGACUCGUCCCAGCAGGCUCUCGGCGUAAUACAGCGUUUUCAGAAACUAAACAUUCCCUGUCUGAAGGUUGAAAUGCCCAAUGCUUUGGGUACCAUUCUCUUGCUCUAUGUCUCAGAAGUAGAGGCGGUGUCAAAGCUCUUUGAGAAGCAAAACGAGGACCCGCCCUUAGGCAGAAACAUACCACCUAUCUCCGGGAGGCUUCGCUGGGCCCGACACCUCUAUAAGAAAAUACACGAUCCCAUUUCGUACAUACGCGAGAAUUCUGAUGUCCUGACCACCUCUGAGGGACGCUCAGUGGUCAAACUGUACAAUCAAACCACAGCCGCAUUGCAACGCUUUGAGUCAGACCACCACAAGGCGUGGAAGGCCGAAGUGUCAAAGCUGGAUUUUGCCUUAAAUACAACAGUCUUGAUCCGCUGCACUGUGACGGGAAAGUAUAUGGCCAACUUUGAUCCCAAAAUAAUCGAGGCCAUUAAGGAAGCCAGCAGUCUGGUGAAGAUGGGUCUGGACGUUCCCAAGCAGGCUGUGAAAUUUCUCAAGGUACAGGACCAGUUGAAGAAUUACCAUCAUCGCCUGCAUACCAUUUUGACAGAUUACAAAGAAACUUGUGAUAAUAUACCGCAGGACUUUGUCUACCUGUUGACAUCAAUGAUCACUGAAAUGGAGUCUCUGCUUCGCUACGGGUCAGUGAUGGUCACGUGGUCCUCACUUCUCUUAGAAAACUACUUUGUUAAUAUUGACAAUGCUCUGUCUGAGCUUAAGACAAUCUUGAGUAAGGUGCAAGAAAUCUGUAAAUUUCACAUUGAUGAUUACCUCAAGGAGAUCUCUGAGACCGUUCUUGUUGAACUGCCUGAACAUGGCGGCUCUGAAAUUCAGCCCCUUGUUGAUCUCAAUCAUACUCUGUGCAAUCAUGGGGUCAGGGAACUGAACCUCAAAUGCUCCCAUAUUAAAGAAGCUGUGAAUAAGUUGGGAAGAGUGCUCAACUCCAUUUACAAGUCCAAACAACCCACAAAGGCCAUGGGCGGAAUUGGUGCUGGGCAGAAGGAUGCCCAGAGGGCCUCUGAACCGGCUGAGGGGGUGACAUCGGAGGGCCAAGAAAAGUACAAAGCAACACGUUUCGAAAAGGUGAUGUUCCCCACUGUAGAUGAGAUACAUAACGCCAUACACCAGAUCAUGGAAUUUAUCUUGGAUGUCAACAAGGGCAUUCAAUGCUGGGAGGUUGAGUACAGACAUGAAAUCGUCCCAUCCAAUGCUGGUCGGGAAAAGAUUAACUUCUACGUUCGUGUCAUUAAGCAUGAGGACAUCAAAGCUGUCAUUUUUGCCUUGAAAUCGGCCUUGAAGUUGCAGAGGGACAAUGCGGCCAUUGUUCUGGAUCGCUUCAAGAAGUUCAAGGAGCUGUGGGGCGAUGACAAGGAGAAGGUCAUCAAGGCCUUCAUGGACAAAAAGCCGACCUUGAUGGAGAUCAAAAGCAAACUGCAUCACUAUGAUGUGUUUGAAAGCCAAAUUGAAGAGAUCCAGAACACCAUCGUUGUUGGCAUGAUUCAAUUAUCAACAGACCAAUUAAAGGAAUCUCUCAAGAUUGAGGCCAAGGCCUGGAAGAGGCUUCUGUGCAAAUACCUGCGCAUCGAGUGCCGUAAGAAUAUCAUCAACAUCAGCCUGCAUACACACAGAAGCUUCACACAGCUGUCGCACCCCAUCACAAACCUGGACGACGUUCGCUGCUCCAUGAAGACGCUAGCCAACCUGCGGGAUGCUGAAAUAGACACGGACUUAACGCUGAUUUCAACUCAAGAUGCUUAUGACGUGCUGAUCCUUUACGAAGCUGAAAUGAUGGAAAAGGAACCAACGGAGGUUUAUGGACUGAGCCGUUUCUUCACCAGGCUUCUAGCAAAGGCUAUGUCCGUUCAGGAUCAGCUUUUCUGCAUGCAGCCCAACCUCAAGCAGGACCUACUUGAGCGUGUCAGUGUUUUUGAAGAAGAUGUCAACAAUUAUAUGGAUGAAUACGACAAUGAAGGCCCCAUGGUUGAAGGAAUUGAACCAAAAGAAGCCAGCCGCAGGCUCCAGGUCUUUCAGGCUAGGUUCUCCGAACUGUGGCGAAACUUUACCACAUACAACUCUGGCGAACAGCUUCUGGGGCUGCCCGUCUCGGAUUAUGAGUGCCUUCAAAAUAAAAAGAAAGAGCUGGAUUUACUCCAGAAGCUCUACGGCCUGUAUGACACUGUGAUGAGGACCAUCAGUGGUCACAGCAAGCUUCUAUGGAAACAAGUGGAUAUCGAAAAGAUCAAUACCGAGCUAAUGGACUUUCAGAACAGGUGCCGCCGUCUGCCCAAGGGCCUGAAGGAGUGGCAAGCCUUCAUGGACCUGAAGAAGACCAUUGACGACUUCAGCGAACUGUGUCCUCUGCUCGAGAUGAUGACCAACAAAUCGAUGAUCCGUAGGCACUGGGAUCAGAUCGCCAAUAUGACCGGCCACCCUUUUGAUGUGGAGUCGCCCACCUGCACACUGGACGACAUCAUGGAGGCCCCGCUGUUAAAAUUCAAGGACGACAUUGAGGACAUUUGCAUAUCCGCCGUGAAAGAGAGAGAUAUCGAAGCCAAAUUGACAGGUGUGAAAACAGUGUGGCAUGAUAUGAACCUGACGAGGAAUGAAUUCAAGGACAGGGGGGAGCUCAUGCUUCGAGGUGGUGACACCACAGAGAUCCUCACAACUUUGGAGGACAGUCUGAUGGUGCUGGGGUCGCUGCUCAGCAACCGCUACUGCACAUUCUACAAAGCUGAAAUCCAGGACUGGGUUUCAAAGCUGUCAACGUCAACAGACGUUAUUGAGCAGUGGGUCAUCGUACAAAACCUGUGGAUUUAUUUGGAGGCCGUGUUCGUCGGGGGUGACAUCGCCAAAGAUCUGCCUCAGGAAGCAGAACGUUUUCAGCAAAUUGACUCGACGUGGAUCAACGUCAUGCAGCGAGCGAAAGAUGUCCCAAAUGUGGUGGAGUGCUGUGCCGGAGAUCCAAUGUUGGGGGAGGUCCUGCCAGAUCUUCAGAAGCAGCUAGAUUUCUGUCAGAAAUCCUUAACAGGGUACCUUGAGAAAAAGCGGCUCUUGUUUCCAAGAUUCUUCUUUGUCUCUGAUCCUGCGCUCCUGGAAAUCCUCGGGCAAGCUAGUGAUUCACACACGAUUCAGUCGCAUCUUCUUGGAGUGUUUGACAAUGUCAAUGAAGCAGAGUUUGACGUCAAUCAGUAUGAUAGCAUCUUGGCUGUCCUGUCCCAAGAAUCAGAGAAACUACCGCUGGACAAACCAGUCAUAGCUCAGGGUCCAGUGGAGCUCUGGCUGGGAAAGCUACUGAUAGAACAGCAGUCAUCACUGCACACGGUCAUCAAAGCAGCAGAUGACGUAAUCAACGACGAAGAUUUUGAGCUCAUUCCCUUUCUUGACAAGUUCCAAGCGCAGGUGGGCCUCCUGGGAAUCCAAAUGCUCUGGACAAGGGACUCAGAGGAGGCCCUGGAAAGUGCAGAAUACAGCAAGGAGGCGAUGAUCUUUACCAAAAAGAAAAUGCUGAACCUCUUACGAACGCUAAUCAAGCAGACAACUUAUGACUUGACAAAGUUCGACAGGGUCAAGUACGAGACCUUGGUCACCAUCCACGUGCACCAGAGUGACAUUUUUGAAGAGCUGGUGGCAAAAUCCGUCAAAUCUACCAAUGACUUUGAGUGGUUGAAGCAAAGCAGGUUUUAUUACAAUGCCGACCAAGAUAAGGUCAUCGUGUCCAUCACCAAUGUCGACUUUAUUUAUCAGAACGAGUACCUUGGCUGUACUGACCGUCUGGUCAUCACUCCAUUAACUGACAGGUGUUAUAUUACACUGUCCCAGGCCCUGGGCAUGAGCAUGGGAGGAGCCCCCGCUGGGCCAGCCGGUACUGGAAAGACAGAGACUACCAAGGAUAUGGGUCGGUGCUUGGGAAAGUAUGUGGUGGUCUUCAACUGCUCUGACCAAAUGGACUUCAGAGGACUUGGCAGGAUAUAUAAAGGACUUGCACAGUCUGGCUCAUGGGGCUGUUUCGACGAGUUCAACAGGAUUGACCUCCCUGUUUUGUCUGUAGCUGCUCAGCAAAUUUACAUUGUUUUGGUUGCUCGUAAGACACACAAGCCAACUUUUAUCUUCACGGAUGGGGAUGUUGUUGACCUGAAUCCAGAGUUUGGCCUUUUCAUCACAAUGAAUCCUGGUUAUGCUGGUCGCCAGGAACUUCCUGAGAACUUAAAAGUGCAGUUCAGGACUGUGUCCAUGAUGGUGCCUGAUCGACAGAUCAUCAUGAGGGUCAAGCUGGCCAGUUGUGGAUUCAACGAGAAUGUUCUCCUUGCCCAGAAAUUCUUUGUACUUUAUAAACUGUGUGAAGAGCAACUUACAAAACAAGUGCACUACGACUUUGGUCUGCGGAAUAUCCUGUCCGUGUUGAGGACGCUCGGGGCUUGCAAGAGGGCGCGCCCCGAUGAUUCAGAGUCUAGCACGGUCAUGAGAGUGCUGCGUGACAUGAACCUCUCUAAACUGGUGGAUGAGGACGAGCCUCUUUUCCUCAGUCUCAUCAAUGACUUGUUUCCUGGCAUCAAACUGGACAACAGCACCUACAAUGAACUUCAAGCUGCCGUAAAGAAUCAAGUUGACCUCGCUGCUUUGGUUAACCAUCCCAACUGGAACCUGAAACUGGUUCAGCUUUACGAGGCUUCCCUUGUGCGUCACGGACUUAUGACGCUGGGACCUAGUGGUGCGGGCAAGACAGCCGUCAUCAAUAUCCUUAUGCGAGCGCUGACUGAGUGCGGAACACCGCACAGGGAGAUGCGCAUGAACCCUAAGGCCAUCACCGCGCCACAAAUGUUUGGUCGUCUCGAUGCAGCCACCAACGACUGGACUGACGGUAUCUUUUCCACUCUGUGGAGGAGGACGCUUAAGGCCAAGAAAGGGGAGAUCAUAUGGAUUGUGCUCGACGGUCCAGUGGACGCUAUCUGGAUUGAGAACCUCAACUCUGUGCUGGAUGACAAUAAAACCCUCACACUGGCAAACGGUGACCGUAUUACCAUGUCGCCAGCCUGCAAGCUGGUAUUUGAGGUGCACAACAUUGAGAACGCCUCCCCAGCUACUGUGUCACGUGUCGGUAUGGUGUUCAUGAGCUCCUCUGCUCUGAGCUGGGAACCCAUCCUCAAGGGAUGGACAAACAAGCGUAACGCUGACGAAGCAGAGAACAUAAUUGCUUUGUACGAUAGGAUAUUUUGGGAUGUGUAUUCAUUUAUGAGGCAGAAUCUCAAACCCAAGAUGCCAUUUUUGGAGUGUAACUACAUCAUGCAGUCUUGCAAUAUAUUGGAAGGUCUCAUUCCAACCAAGCAGAUGGGAGGCCUGGCCAACGACAAACAUUUAGAACGCCUCUUUGUCUUUGGUCUGAUGUGGAGUCUGGGAGCCCUUUUGGAGUUGGACGACCGUGAUAAAAUGGAGGGUUUUUUCCGAGAGCACGGCAGCAACAUUGAUCUGCCUAAAACUAAUGAGGGAGAGACCAUGUUUGAGUACAUGGUUGGGGCAGAUGGUCAGUGGUGUCACUGGAAUGAGCACGUUGGGGAGUAUGAGUAUCCAACAGAUUGUGUGCCAGACUACUCCGCCAUCCUCGUACCCAACGUGGAUAACACCAGGACUGCUUUUUUGCUAGAAACUAUUGCCAAACAAUACAAGGCCGUCUUGCUCAUUGGUGAGCAAGGGACGGCUAAGACGGUGAUGAUCAAAAGCCACGCUAAGAAAUUUGACCCUGAAACAGACCUCUUCAAGUCGCUCAACUUCUCCUCCGCUACCGAACCCAUCAUGUUUCAGCGCACAAUUGAGAGCUACAUUGAGAAAAGAAUCGGCAGCACAUACGGACCACCAGGCGGACGCAGGAUGUCGGUCUUUGUUGAUGACAUCAAUAUGCCUCUUGUUAAUGAAUGGGGUGAUCAGAUAACCAACGAGAUAGUCCGGCAAAUGAUGGAAAUGACUGGCAUGUACAAUCUGGACAAACCAGGUGACUUCAUCACCAUCGUGGACGUCCAAAUGCUGGGCGCCAUGAUCCACCCCGGUGGCGGGCGAAACGACAUCCCGCAGAGGCUGAAGAGGCAGUUUACUGUCUUCAACUGCACCCUGCCUUCCAAUACCUCUAUUGACAAGAUCUUUGGUGUGAUUGGCUGCGGUUAUUUUCAUGAGUGUAGGAAGUUCAAGCCAGACAUAACAUCCAUGGUGAAGAAGCUUGUAUCAGCUGGCAGGAUUUUAUGGCAAUGGACCAAGAUAAAGAUGCUUCCUACUCCUUCCAAGUUCCACUACAUCUUCAACUUGAGAGACUUGUCCAGGAUCUGGCAAGGAAUGCUAAAGGUGGAAGCCGAGCAGUGCAACGAUUUCAAAACCCUCGUGGCUCUCUUCAAAAGCGAGUGCACGCGUGUCAUAGCUGACAGGUUCAUUUGCCCUGAGGACAAGGAGUGGUUUGAGAAUUCUAUAACCCGUGUGGUCAAAGAGCAUGUUGACGCCAACCUCGCCGCGUCAAUCCACAAGGAGCCGUACUUUGUCGACUUCCUGCGAGAGGCCCCCGAGCCGACCGGCGAGGAGGAUGAAAACGCGUGCUUCGACGCCCCCAAAAUUUACGAACUCAUCCCUUCUUUUGAAUUCCUUGAGGACAAGCUAAAGUUCUAUCAGGCAAAGCACAACGAUGAAGUGAGGGGCGCACACAUGGACUUGGUGUUUUUCACAGACGCCAUGACUCACCUCGUCAAGAUUUCACGAAUUAUUCGCACAGAAGUUGGCAAUGCCCUCCUCGUGGGCGUGGGAGGAUCCGGGAAGCAGAGUUUGACUCGUCUUGCCUCAUACAUAGCUGGAUAUGAAGUUAGCCAGAUCACACUAACUAAAUCUUACAAUAUAUCCAAUUUCAUGGAAGAUCUGAAAAAGCUGUACAAAUCAAGUGGGGCUGAAGGCCGCGGCAUCACUUUCCUAUUUACUGACAAUGAAAUUAAACAAGAGGCCUUCCUGGAAUACCUCAACAAUGUCCUAUCAUCUGGAGAGGUUUCAAAUCUUUUUGCAAAGGAUGAGAUCCAAGAGAUCACCCAAAAUCUAAUCCCGGUCAUGAAAAAGGAAUUUCCUCGCAUUCCGCCGACCUUUGAUAACCUUUACGAGUACUUCAUUACACGGGCUCGAAAAAAUCUGCACGUUGUCUUGUGCUUCUCGCCGGUGGGACCAAAGUUUCGCUCCAGGUCCCUUAAAUUCCCAGGCUUGAUAUCUGGCUGCACAAUGGAUUGGUUCGCUCCGUGGCCCGAGGAGGCUUUGGUAGCGGUGGCUCAUCAUUUCCUCUCAGAGUUUCCUGUGGUUUGCUCUCCAGAGGUGAAAGCCUCCAUGGUGACCACCAUGGGCGUGUACCACCGUAAAGUGUCCGAGACGUGCGAAACCUACUUUGAACGAUUCAGGAGGAGAACUCAUGUCACCCCAAAAUCAUACCUGUCUUUCAUCAAUGGUUACAAGACUCUCUACCAUCAAAACCACGAGCAUAUCAAUACGCUCGCCCAGCGCAUGAACGUUGGGUUGAACAAAUUGAUGGAGGCUAGUGUGUCUGUGGCUAAACUCUCCAAAGAGCUGGAAGUCAGUGAAAAAGAGUUAGUUAUUGCUUCCGCCAAAGCCGACAAGGUGUUAGCCGAGGUGAUGAUUUCGACUGAGGCAGCCACAAUAAUCAAGAAUGAAGUCCAGAAAGUGAGCGAAAAAGCCCAGGCGAUUGUGGAUGAAAUCACGCAGGAGAGGGCUAUCGCAGAGGAAAAACUGGAGGCGGCCAAGCCGGCAUUGCAGGAGGCUGAAAAUGCUCUGAAUACUAUCAAGCCUGCUGAUAUCGCCACUGUGAGGAAACUGGCCAAGCCUCCACAUCUGAUCAUGAGGAUCAUGGACUGCUGUCUGUUGUUAUUUCAAAGAAAGCUGGAGACUGUCACUGUGGAUCCAAACUUGCCCUGUCUGAAGCCAUCGUGGCCAGAUGCCCUCAGGUUGAUGGGCGCCACAGGCUUCUUGGCGUCACUUCAGUUUUUCGUCAAGGACAAGAUCAACGAGGAGACGGUGGAGCUGUUGCAGCCCUACUUUGAAAUGGAGGAUUACACCAUGGAAAAUGCCAAGAAGGUGUGUGGCAGCGUGGCUGGUCUGCUGGCAUGGACAAGGGCUAUGGCCACCUUCUAUGGCAUCAACAAGGAAGUCUUGCCUCUAAAGGCUAAUCUGGCAGUUCAGGAAGUGCGCUACAAAAAGGCCAGCGCUGAGCAAAAAGCAGCACAGGACACGCUAGCUGAAAAGGAAGCUGAGCUAGCCCUCGUGCAAGCCAAGAGCGAUGCCGCCAGCAAAGAGAAACAGGAAUUGCUUGAUCGUUCCGAGGCGUGUAAGAAUAAAAUGCAGGCUGCCUCUGACCUCAUCGGCGGACUGAGUAACGAGAAGGUUCGUUGGACUCAGCAAAGCAAAGAAUUUAAAUCUCAGAUCAAAAGACUGGUUGGUGACGUCCUGCAGCUCACUGGCUUCCUCUCAUACUGCGGCCCCUUCAACCAGAAUUUCCGCGACAUGUUGCUGGACAUGUGGAAAGGCGAGCUGGUGUCCCAAAAAAUCCCCUUCACAGAAAACCUCAAUCUGAUCGCCACCCUGGUUGACGCUCCAACUAUCAGUGAGUGGAAUCUUCAGGGGCUGCCUGGAGAUGACUUGUCAGUGCAGAAUGGCAUUAUUGUCACUAAAGCAUCAAGGUAUCCUCUCCUGGUUGAUCCCCAGACUCAGGGAAAGACUUGGAUCACCGCAAAAGAAAGGGCCAAUAACCUGCAGGUGACGUCCCUCAACCACAGGUUCUUUCGUACGCACUUGGAGGAUUCCAUCUCCUUGGGCAAACCACUACUUAUAGAAGAUGUGGGUGAGGAGCUUGACCCCGCCCUUGACAAUGUUCUGGAGAAAAACUUUUUCAAAUCGGGCUCCAACUUCAAGGUGAAAGUGGGAGACAAGGACGUGGACGUGUCCAAUAAGUUUCGGCUUUACAUUACCACCAAACUGCCAAACCCAUCGUACACUCCAGAGGUGAGCGCCAAGACAUCCAUCAUUGACUUUACUGUCAACAUGAAAGGCUUAGAGGACCAGCUGCUGGGCCGUGUCAUCCUCGCUGAGAAGAAGGAACUAGAAAACGAGCGACUGAAACUUAUUGAGGAUGUAACGUCCAACAAAAGGAAGAUGCAGGAGCUGGAGGACAACCUGCUGUACAAACUCAGCACCACCAAAGGUUCCUUGGUGGACGACGACUCCAUGAUUGGAAUUUUGAGCACCACCAAACAAACGGCUGCUGAGGUCAGUGUCAAGCUGAGCGUCGCGGCCGAAGCAGAGGAGAAAAUCAAAGCGGCGCAGUCCGAGUAUCGCGCGGUGGCGUGCCGAGGUAGCAUUCUUUACUUCCUCAUCACUGAGAUGAGCAUGGUCAACGUCAUGUAUCAGACCUCCCUCGGUCAGUUCCUCAAAAUUUUCGACAUUUCGCUGGCCAGGUCGGAGAAGUCGGCCAAAACGAGCAAACGAAUCGCAAACAUCAUCGAAUACUUGACAUACGAAGUAUUCCGAUACACGGUGCGAGGUUUGUAUGAAAACCACAAGUUCAUCUUCACCAUGCUUAUGGCCCUGAAGAUCGAUCUGCAGAACGGCAGGAUACAACACAGUCAAUUUCAGACACUAAUCAAAGGUGGCGCUGCUCUGGAUCUGAAGGCGUGCCCGCCGAAGCCGUUCUCCUGGGUCCUUGACAUUGUUUGGCUGAACCUAGUGGAACUCAGCAAACUGCCUCAGUUUGCCAAUAUUCUCAAUCAGGUGGGCAAGAGUGGAAAACAUUGGAAAGUGUGGGCCAACGGUGAUGCCCCGGAGGAAACUGUCAUCCCAGAUGGCUACAACAACUUAGAUGUCUUCAAUAAACUCAUGCUAAUCAGGUCUUGGUGCCCGGACCGCACCUUGGCUCAGGCCCGGAAGUACGUGGGCGAGUCCAUGGGUGCCAAGUUUGCUGAGCCCGUCCUGCUGAACCUGCACGCCACUUGGGAGGAAAGCGAUACCCGUACACCACUCAUCUGCUUCUUGUCCAUGGGCUCGGAUCCAACCAACCAAAUAGAAGCCCUCGCCAAGAAGCUUAAUGUUGGAUGUAGGUCCAUCUCUAUGGGCCAAGGGCAAGAGGUGCAUGCAAGGAAGCUUGUUAGUGUUUCAAUGGCGGAGGGAGGCUGGGUGCUCCUGCAGAAUUGUCACUUGGGUCUGGAGUUCAUGGACGAAUUGUUAGAAACCGUCACAUUCACAGAGACAGUCCAUAAAACCUUCAGAGUGUGGGUCACCACUGAGCCACAUGACCUUUUCUCCAUUACGCUCCUUCAGUCCUCUAUCAAAUUCACUAACGACCCACCGCAAGGACUUCGUGCCAGCUUGAAGCGAACCUUUGUGAGCAUCUCUCAAAACCAGUUGGAAGUCAGCAACCUGCCCACGUGGAAGCCGCUGCUAUAUGGCGUCGCAUUUCUGCACUCUGCCGUACAGGAACGUCGAAAAUUUGGUCCGCUGGGAUGGAACAUUCCGUACGAGUUCAACUCUGCAGACUUCACAGCUAGCGUGGAGUUUGUGGAAAGACACCUGGAUGAUUGUGGGCCUAAAAAGGAUGUCUCCUGGGUGACGCUUCGCUACAUGCUUGCUGAAGUGCAGUAUGGAGGCAGGGUCACUGAUGAUUAUGACAAACGCCUACUCAAAUGUUUCGCCAGGGUAUGGUUCAGCAAAAAAAUGUUGGACCCAUCCUUUUGCUUCUACACUGAGUACCAAAUCCCUAUAUGUAAAACCAUUGAGGAAUAUGUGGAGUACAUACAGGGUUUGCCUGCUGUGGACUCCACUCAAGCACUGGGGCUGCACCCCAAUGCUGACAUCGUCUACCAGAAAAACACGUCGGCAGAGGUGCUCGACACCAUCACUAACAUCCAGCCUAAGGAGAGCGGCGGCGGCUCAGGGGCUACCCGAGAGAGCAUCGUGUACGCCAUGGCCGAGGACAUGCUGGACAAGCUGCCGCGUGACUAUAUUCCUCAUGAGGUCCGAGCCAAUCUGAAGAAAAUGGGGCCUCUGAACCCCAUGAACAUCUUCUUGCGCCAGGAAGUGGACCGCAUGCAGAGGAUCAUCUCUGUGGUGCGCAGCACUCUGCAGGAUCUCAAGCUGGCCAUUGAGGGAACCAUCAUUAUGAGCGAGACCCUGCGAGACGCACUGGACAAUAUCUUUGACGCCCGUGUACCCAACCUGUGGAAGAAGCUCUCCUGGGAGUCUACCACGCUGGGGUUCUGGUUUACUGAGCUCCUGGAUAGGAACAGACAAUUUUACAGCUGGGUGUUCGCCCGCCGGCCCAAAACUUUUUGGAUGACUGGUUUUUUCAACCCACAGGGUUUCCUCACUGCGAUGAGGCAAGAGGUGACCAGAGCAAACAAAGGAUGGGCUCUGGAUUCAGUCACCCUGAACAACAAAGUCCUUAAGAAGACCAGGGAGGAGAUCAAGUCCGAUCCAGAAGAAGGUGUGUACGUUCAUGGAUUGUUCCUGGAAGGCGCCGACUGGGACAAAAAGAACUCGGUCCUUUGCGAAUCGGCGCCAAAAGUGCUUUUCACGCCCCUGCCCGUCAUUCACAUGUUCGCCAUCAACUCUACCGCCCCUCCUGACCCCAAGUACUACGUGUGCCCUAUUUAUAAGAAGCCCAAGCGCACAGACCUUAAUUACAUCACCGCCGUGGUGCUGGGUACCUCUCACCCUCCCGACCACUGGAUCAUGCGCGGCGUGGCCCUCCUCUGUGAUAUCAAAUGA